CUGAGUGGUUAGCAAGUGCCUGUAAUAUUUUUUUUUAUCUGUGUACAUCAGGGGAAGUUAGCAAAAUACAUUACACUCAGACUUGGUUAAAGUACAACAGAAGUCGCUCGAGACUUAACGCUAGAAAAGUUUAGCUAGCAGCGGCUGCUAAUGGAUGCUAGUUUCCGCCAGGAUUUUACAUUCAGACGCUAAAUUACAGGUCAGCGAACACCUGACAAUGAAAGACCAUGGUUGUCCUGAGAGAAGGAAUGUGUCCUGGACUAGACGAAGAUUUAGUCCGAGGCCUGCGAGCUGCUGAUAUCAAAACAGUGGAAGAUCUGGUCUCAUCUGACAUCGAGGAGGUUGCUCAGAAAUGUUCAGUGUCCUAUAAGGCUCUGUUUGCCAUCCGCCGGGUGCUGCUGGCCCAGCACACAGCAUUUCCUGUGUCAGGCGCUGAUCUGUAUGAAGAACUAUUGAGCUCAACAGCCAUCCUCUCCACUGGAAAUCCCAGCUUAGAUAAACUGCUGGAUUCUGGCUUGUAUACUGGAGAGAUAACAGAGCUGUCAGGAGGCCCGGGAAGUGGCAAAUCUCAGGUGUGUUUUGGUGUUGCAGUUCACAUUUCUUACCAGCUGAAACAGAGCGUAAUAUAUAUCGAUACCACAGGCGGGCUGUCUGCCAGCCGACUGCUCCAAAUGCUACAAACUGAAACCAGUAACACAGAGGAGCAGAUGGCAGCUCUUCAGAGAAUCCAUAUCUAUCGUUUGUUUGACGUCUUCUCCUUACUCGAUUGCCUGUAUGGUCUUCGCAGCAGUGGCCUUCAGCAGGCUUCUGUUGGCGGUGGCUCUGUCAAGGCAGUGAUCGUGGACUCUGUGUCGGCCGUUAUCUCUCCUCUACUGGGAGGCAAACAAAAUGAAGGCAUGUCCUUGAUGAUACAAGUGGCAGGCGUUCUGAAGACAAUGGCAAAAGACUUCAACGUAGCUGCUUUGGUAACAAACCAUGUCACUAGGAGCGCCGGUGGGGAGGUGCAGCCAGGACUCGGAGCGUCAUGGAGUCACAUUCCCAGAACCAGGAUCCUUCUGGAGCGAACAGAGCGGUCCAUCGCCAGCUACUGCAGCCGACGCUCUGCAACACUGAUCAAAUCCUCCAGACAGCCUGGUAACGUCAAAGAGGAGUUGGACUUGAGGUGGUGGAGUCGCUCUGAAGAAGCAGCGUCAGGAAAAAGAAAAUUGGAUGAGACAGAUCCUUAAAGCGUCAGACAUUUUAAAGAUGGGUAACGGCGUCCGAUCAGCAGGGAGGUACGACUCGACGUUUGCGGAUGCACUCCCAGAUCCAGCUGGGUGAGACCCUCUGGGCCUGGCUGUCCUCAUCUGGUUCAGCCAGCGUGUGUGUGGC